CGUCUAUCCCGCAGCCUCCGCUCUUGCGACAGAUCGUCUCGUUCAACCGCGCGAAAUGAAGCAGACCGUCGUCGAUACUCCGCCGAAGCGGAUCUCGGCUGUGCACUUUGGUGUGCUCUCGCCGCAGGAGAUUGUCAAGCAGGCUGAAAUUGAGGUCUCGACCCGUGAGCUCUUUGACCUAGAGAAAGGAAGAAUACCGAAAGAACAUGGUGCUCUGGAUCGGCGAAUGGGUAUCUCGAGCAACUCUGCCGAGUGCGCGACAUGUCGCGGCAAGCUCGCUACCUGCCAGGGUCACUUUGGACACGUCAGGCUAGCACUCCCGGUGUUCCAUGUGGGAUAUUUCAAAAGCGUUAUCUCUAUAUUACAGAACGUCUGCAAGGAAUGUGCCGCUAUCCUCCUCGACGACAUAAACCGCCUAAAGUUCUUGCAGGAGCUACGACGUCCCGGCAUCGAUAACCUGCGCCGAAUGCAGAUUCUCAAAAAAGUCAACGAACAGUGUCGCAAGCAGAGAAGAUGUCUAAAGUGCGGGGCGAUCAACGGAGUCGUGAAGAAAGCUGGUCCUCUCAAGAUUAUCCACGACAAAUUUCGAUGGAGCGGCAAGCAAAUCGUGGAGGAGAAGAUCGAGUUUGACCGAUCGUUUGAAUCGGCAAAGGAGUUUGUGCCUGAUUUGGAGAAAUUUCAGAAAAAGGCAAUGGAUGACAUGAAUCCUCUUAAAGUUCUCAAUCUGUUCAAGCGCAUUAUUCCCUCCGACUGCGAGCUCUUGGGUAUGGAUCCCUUGGAAGGUCGCCCUGAGAUGUUUAUCUGGCAGUAUGUCCCUGCUCCACCUGUCUGUAUCCGACCAUCUGUACAGCAAGAAAGUGCGAGUAACGAAGACGAUCUGACCGUCAAAUUGACCGAUAUUGUUUGGACAAGCUCGCUCAUAAGAUCGGGUCUCGACAAGGGUAUGACAAUCGUUAAUCUCAUGGAACAAUGGGAUUACCUCCAACUGUGUGUUGCAAUGUACAUCAACAGUGACACUCCGGGAACUUCUGGGCCUGGUGCUCCAGCUAAGCCUAUGCGUGGACUCUGUCAGAGACUGAAGGGCAAGCAAGGUCGGUUCCGCGGCAAUUUGUCGGGAAAGCGUGUCGAUUUCUCCGGGCGUACGGUUAUCUCGCCGGAUCCAAAUCUGAAGAUUAACGAGGUUGCUGUUCCGGAUCGGGUGGCUAAGAUUCUGACGUAUCCCGAGACUGUGAACAGAUACAACAAGCAGAAGCUUAAGGAGCGGAUUUUGAACGGACCCGACGUCCACCCUGGCGCCAACUAUCUAGUGAAGAAGGAUGAGGAGGGAAAGCGGUUUUUGAAGUACGGCAACAGAAAUCAUAUUGCUGAUAAUCUUCAAGAAGGCGACAUCCUCGAGCGCCAUCUCGAAGACGGUGAUAUCGUUCUUUUCAACCGUCAACCUUCGCUGCACAGACUUAGUAUUCUCUCUCAUUUCGCAAAGAUCCGUCCCUGGAGAACCUUCAGACUGAACGAGUGUGUCUGCACGCCCUACAAUGCCGACUUUGAUGGUGACGAGAUGAAUCUUCACGUUCCGCAGACCGAAGAAGCUCGAACGGAAGCCAUGAACUUGAUGGGUGUCAAGAACAACUUGAUCACGCCUCGAAACGGUGAGCCUAUCAUUGCGGCCACCCAAGAUUUCAUCACUGGCUCGUUUUUGAUUUCUCGCAAAGACGCUUUCUUUGAUCGCGCUCAGUUUUGCAUGCUUUGCUCUAUGAUGUCUGACGGAGACCUGCAAAUUGACCUCCCGCCUCCUACGAUUAUGAAACCAGUCUAUCUCUGGACUGGUAAACAGGUGUUCAGCACUCUGAUCAGACCCAACAAAAAGUCCAAGAUCCUGAUCAAUCUCGAAUCGAAGAACAAGACUUUUCAUGCUCCGCCUCCCGGAUAUCCUCCAGACAUGUCGCCCAAUGAUGGAUACCUGCUUAUUCGCGGUAGUCAAGUCAUGUGCGGCUCGAUGGACAAAAACACGCUUGGCGACGGCAAGAAAUCCUCGGUAUUUUAUGUUAUUUUGCGGGAUUUCGGCGCCGAUGAAGCUAUCGCUGCUAUGAGCCGCAUGGCAAAGCUUUGCGCUAGAUUUUUGGGUAAUAAAGGGUUUUCGAUUGGUAUCAACGAUGUAACUCCGGGAAGGAUCUUGAACUCGAAGAAAGAUACUUUGGUUGAAAGGGCUUACGCGGCUUGUGAUGACUUGAUUAUCAAGUACAAAGAGGGCAAGCUUGAGACUAAGCCGGGUUGUAACGAGGAAGAAACCUUGGAGAUGGAGAUUUCUGGUAUUCUGUCGAAAGUCAGAGAGGAGGUCGGCGAGAUUUGCAUCCGGGAGCUGCCAAAGUCAAACGCUCCCUUGAUUAUGGCGACCUGUGGUUCGAAGGGUUCGACGAUCAAUGUAUCUCAGAUGGUUGCCUGUGUCGGUCAGCAGAUUAUUUCCGGAAAACGUGUUCCGAACGGUUUUCAAGAUCGGUCGUUGCCGCAUUUCCCAAAGUACUCUAAAGAGCCACUGUCAAAGGGAUUCGUGCGCGACUCGUUCUACUCUGGCCUGUCACCUACCGAAUUCUUGUUCCAUGCCAUUUCUGGUAGAGAAGGUUUGGUUGACACUGCUGUCAAGACUGCCGAGACCGGUUACAUGUCUCGUCGUCUGAUGAAGUCGCUUGAGGACCUGUCUAUGCAGUACGAUUCCACUGUGCGUAAUUCAAGCAGCGGUGUUGUCCAGUUUCAGUAUGGUGGUGAUCGUCUUGAUCCGCUGGAUAUGGAGGGCGACGCCAAGCCUGUGAAUUUUGUGCGGACAUGGUCGCAUACGAUGAAUAUCACUUUCUCGCACGACGCGCAAUCGCUUCUUCCUCAUGAGGUGGUUCGUAUUGCGGGUGAUAUUCUUGCUCCGUUGGAAGCAAAACUUGCGCAGCCGAAAAGUUAUCUCAUGGAAAAGGAAGAUGGUACGAUGGAGUCGCAGCUCCAGUAUGUCGACGAAUUUGAGUCCGAGCGAGUGUUUUACCAGACCGUCAGGGAUUUCGUUUACGGAAAGGCUGUUGAGCUUGGCAAUGUGCGGCAUCGUCGUGGUCUUGCAAAUAUGCGGUACGCGACUGAUUCAGAGUACGACAGCGAACUUCAAGAUCCCGAGGCUCGUGAUAUAGCACAGAUCGCUGUGAAUCAGAUUUUGAAGAUCAGUGAGAGCACCGUGAAGGAGUUUCUGAGACAUUGUCUUAUGAAAUACGAGCGGUCAAAGGUGGAGCCUGGCACGGCGGUUGGUGCGGUCGGCGCGCAGUCUAUUGGUGAACCGGGAACGCAGAUGACGUUGAAGACUUUCCAUUUCGCUGGUGUCGCCUCGAUGAAUAUCACGCUUGGAGUGCCGCGUAUCAAGGAAAUUAUCAAUGCGUCGAAGGUGAUUAGUACACCUAUUAUUCGUGCUUCUCUUGUUAAUAAUCGGGAUGAGCGCGCAGCGCGGAUGGUGAAGGGACGGAUUGAAAAGACGCAUUUGGAAGACAUUAUCUUCUAUAUCGAGGAUGUUUAUCAAGAGUCUCGAGCCUUCCUUGCCGUUCGCGUGGAUCUGAAGACGAUUGAUAAUCUCCAACUGGAGAUCAAGAUCGAGGACAUUGCGCGCGCGAUAUAUCAUGCGCCCAAACUGAAGAUCCAGCAGAAAGACGUGACGGUUGUAGGCCACGACCGGAUUCGGGUCGCAGUUCCGGAUAUCCCAGAGAAAGACCGCGCGAAGGCCAAGACGGCUGCCGAGACUGACGUGUUCUAUCGUCUUCAGCAUUUGCAGCGCGUGUUGCCCAAGAUUGUUGUGCAUGGAAUCCCGAACAUUUCGCGCGCGGUUAUCAACAUCGACGCGAAGACUGACGAGAAGGAAAUCCUGGCUGAAGGAUAUGGUCUGCGAGAAGUGAUGAAUACCGAUGGCGUGGUGGGUACAAAGGCUACUACGAAUCACGUUCUUGAGAUGCGUCAGACCCUUGGUAUCGAAGCUGCCCGGUCGAGUAUCAUUUCUGAGAUUGCGACGACCAUGUCGGAGUACGGCAUGAACGUUGAUCCCCGCCAUAUCCAACUCCUAGGCGAUGUCAUGACAUACAAGGGCGAGGUUUUGGGAAUUACCCGAUUCGGUCUGGCAAAGAUGAGAGACAGUGUCUUGCAGCUGGCGUCGUUUGAAAAGACGACCGAUCACCUGUUCGACGCCUCGUUCCAUAUGAAAACCGACCUGAUCGAGGGAGUGAGCGAGUGCAUCAUUCUCGGCCAGCCGAUGCGAAUCGGAACCGGGGCGUUCCAGCUUGUUCGGAAGACUGGAAUGUCUUCGGGAGAGAAUUUUGGUGAAAAGCCUACGCUGUUUGAGGAUUUGUGCAUGGAGUGAAGUGAAGUGGAGCGGAAGCAGAAGUGCUGGUCGCGUAAUAUUUUUGAGUGGCGUUUUUGCAUGAUCUAGUUGUAUGAUUUAAUGUCCUAUAGAUGUAGUUUAUUGAUAUAAUGAUCGCUGAAAAUAGUCUUGAGCGAAGUAAAAUCUACGUCUUUAUGAGACAUCUCUUGGUCUGGACGAGCUGGUGUCAAAGAGUCGGAUGUAUAGUCUGUGAUUGAGAUGGUAAAACUAAGAUGAGUUAAUAGAAGAGUCUGUCGAUAUGUACAGUGUAUAUUGCUGGAGCAAGCAAUAAUAUGUUGAUAUCGGAACAAGCCGUGAUGGUGUCAACCAGGCGGGCAGAUGGGACAGAGCGCAGGUUCGAGCCGUA